AUGCUCUCUAGACUAGAGGUCUUCCCACCUCCCGGGUUCGUCUUGACAGAGCCCCGAUUCGAAGUCGAGAUCCGACCCGGCGAGCACAUCAAGCUCAACGGUACGGCACAAAAAGUCUGGACCGAGAUGCUGCGGCUCAACCCAAACUACGAGACCGAUUUUUAUGCGCGGCAGUUGGCGGAUCGACGCGCCGGCUUGGAGGCCACGAACGUCGCCUCCAUCACCAGCCCCGCCGUCGUCGAAACUCCCCGCUCAAACGCGACCACCAUGCUCGACAAGCGGCAAAAGGAAGACAAGCACGACUACAGCAGGAGCGGGUGCCACGGGUGUCCCAAGCCGCCGGACUGGAUGCUGUGCAUGCACAGGGGCUACGAGUACGGCUACGAUUGGCCCGAGCAGAACAAGCCGGCCGAGGGCGACGGCGACUGGUCCGAGUGCCUCUGCCACCGGUACCAGGCCGACAUACCCUACACGAGGCGCAACAUCGACUACCUCAUGAAGGUGCCCGGUCCCGCCACCAUCCUGCCCGGCGAGUGUCAGAGGGUUGCGUGUCUGCACAACAGUGGGAUUUCUUGGUGCAACUUGGGCAACUCGAGCUGGACCACACCCACCGGCUUCUCCUGGAUUGCCCACGCGGCGAAUGCUCUCCUGCACAACUGCGAUUCGCUCUGGGACUAUGGAGAGUGGUGGUCCAUCGGAGGAACGCGCCACCACCCCGGCGUACAGGUGGAUGUCAUUGUCAAGAAUGUUGGACCGAUUGUUUUCCGUCUUGCCAUGUCGCUGGGAAAUUUGUGCAUCGCAAAUUGUUCCACCAGCAUCCACAAGGAUAAGUGCGCCAUAGCCGUACGAUCUCACGGGGCUCUUUAUUAUCUCGAAUGCGUGCCUUCAGAGCUGGAAACGGCGCCAAUGCUUCUCGCAGACUAUUAUGGUUUGCUCAGGAGAUUGAAGGAUGACGAUAACGAAGACGAGGAUCACUUCGAGUCGCAGCAAUUGGCGAUUGAAAAAUCGACAGAACCCUUGGAAGAAACCCUCUCGGCUCUGGCCCUGAACCCUCCAAGCGCAACCCACCGUUUACACUGCAUCAUUGGUUUAACGCCGAGUGGGUUCGUGCUGAUUGCGACUGUUGGCGAGGUCAACAAGAUGGAACCAAGGAGGGAAUACAAAUCCCCCCCCUCUGGCAACAGGGGAUGCCGGCUAUCCGUGAACUCUGUGCCUACCGGAGAAACAGCAGAGGCGUUGAAAAGCGGUAAAAAUCCUCACCAGAAAUGCGCAUUUGUCGUCCUGCACGGCCUUGUAACCGAUGGGGACAUGCCUAACGACCAGCGCAUUGUCGGUCUGCUCUUUGAGUAUAUCGAGCCCAAGGCAAGUCCUUAUUCCAGCCGUUUAAAGAUGUGCGGCUUGUUCAGCCCAACCGAACAAAUUCGCCAACGCCGGUUCAAGGAACUGGCGGCUAUAGUUAACAGCCUUCACAAGCCGGGAUACUAUUGA